GCUCAAGCAACGAAGACCAAACAGCGGUCUCACCUAUAACCAGCGCUCACACUUUCAGCAUGCCUCAACGGUCUAUGGAGCAGUUACAGGAGCAGCCGUUGUUGUCUCCUCACUCCUCCGUUGGGCGGGUGGGAGGUGUAGACAUGUCACAACAGGGUGUAGACGUGUCACAGUUAGAAUCGCAGGCUGUUUGCGACAUGCCACAAUGUAGUUUGCUCUCUGCAUCCGAUGAGGCUGUGCAGCAGACAGGCCACAGUUUGCCAACUGCUGGCUUGGGCCCCUCUGGGACAGUGGUUUUGAGUGAUCAGGAGCUGGGGUUCGGCAGUGUUGACUGGCCAGGCGAUUGUGGGAAUGGUUUGCCAUACCAAAUGGGGGGAGGGGAUGAGGACUGUGCUGACUCACAGGCAGGAGGAGAUCGUGGACAUCAGCAGACGGAAGGUCGCGUGCAAGCGGAUGGGACCCCAGGUGAGAAGCAGCCAUGGGUGGGUGAGGAGCAGCAUCUCUCUCCUCCCCCUGCUUGUGAUGGCGCAGUCCCUGCUAAUGGCGGUGAUGGGUGUCAGCGUAAUAGGCGCUGGAACGAUGCUGAAACGCUUGCCCUCAUCCGCGCGCAUGGGGAGUACAGGGUUGCACGAGCAGUCGACUCUGAAGCUAUAGGCAAUGCUUGCUCUUUGAAUAAGAAAUGGGAGGGUAUAUCAGCUGCCGUGUGUGCUGCUGGCUUCUGUAAUGACGAUGACUGUGAAAAUAAGUGGAAGAACCUGUGGAGGUGGUAUAGGAAGGUGCUGGUCCACGAUCGCAUCAGUGGAGUGCAGAGCUAUUGGACCAUGUCACCUGAGGAACGAGCGAAUGAUGGACUCAAGUUCCGCCUUCGAAGGUCCCGGUUUGAUCUCAUUGACUCCUUCAAUAUGAGAAACCCGACUGUCCAUCCUGAAGGUGUUGUCGAUCCUGGAGAUGAGGAAGAUGGGCGAGGACCAGGACAGCGCAGUCAGGGUUCUCCUCCUGUGAGUGGUGGUAGGGCUGAGAGUGGGGUUGACGAUGCACAUGCUGAAGGGGCUGAAGUGGGAAUGUCAGCAAAGCGCAGAUGCACUGUCGCAAAUGCCCGGUAAUCUCCGCAGUAAUGAGGGAGCAGACAGACGCACUGAGGGAGCACAGUAGGCGAUCGGUGGAGUGCACUGAACUCACAGUGAA